AUCUUAGAUUCAUAGGACCACAUACAAAAUUAUGUCCGAAUUUAAUUUUCUUCCUCAGAUUGUUUGACCGGAGCUACGAUUUCGCUUCUUCUGAGACUCGCCCAGUCACCCUGUCCUAUCGGGCUCUUUUUUUUUUUUUCUUUUUUUUUUUUUGGGUUAUUUUUUUGGUUAUUUUUCACUUUUUUUCCUCUAUGCUGACUAGAUUUCACAAAAUUGCAAUCGAAAAGUCAGAAAACAUGAAAUAGAAACGGGGGUUUUUCCACCAUGCUACAGAUAGAGAAGUAGAAUAUUUCAACGUCUUUGGUGUAACCACUCCCUGUCUUCUCUGCCUCUCUCUAUUCUUCAAUUCCUGUCACAUCUGACUUGGUUGUUCAUCAUUGAAUCAAAUCUAUCUUUCCAGAUUUUGAUCUGCCCAUUCAUUUCUUGCGCUGCAUUUUCAGUUCAUGUCUCCAUUCUUAUAGACCCAUUCUUGUUUUUUCCUCUUUCUCUGCAUUUGGUUCUGAUUCUGAACUGCCGUGAGAAAAGGAGAAGGCAUGAUUCUCGACGAGCAAAGCUCUAUGGUUUCCCGAUGAUCCCUUCUUGAAUUAGUCCACGGGCUCAAGGGGGGGUUGAUUGAGGAGAUUGGCGGUGUGGGCAUAAAUGCGGCCGUGUUUUCUUCAAUGGCGGAGAGAAAUUUGCAUUCAAUGGGAAAUUUUGGUAAGAAGUCAAUGUUAGCUUUGUUCUCCAUUACUACCAUUAUGUUCAUGUUGUCUUGGUUUUUGGUGUUGCGAUCCACUGAUAGGCCUCUCUUUGUUGACCUUAGUAUAUUGCCCAACUCUAGGAUUUUUGCCCUAGCAGAUGACCAAACUGGUAAUCAAACCCCCUCUAUACACACUGAUUUGGAAGUGAAACCUAGCAAGUAUACUUGUGAUCCAGUCCUCAAAGUGUAUAUGUAUGAUUUGCCCCCAGAAUUUCACUUUGGACUCUUGGAUUGGAAGCCUGAGGGGAACAAUGUUUGGCCUGAUAUUAGAACUAAGGUCCCGAGAUACCCCGGUGGAUUGAAUGUGCAGCAUAGUAUAGAGUAUUGGCUCACAUUGGAUCUCUUGUAUUCGGAGUUUGUUGAGAAUACGAGUGGGCGGACUGCUGUGAGAGUGUCCAAUUCGAGUGAAGCAGAUGUAGUUUUUGUUCCCUUCUUUUCAUCGGUCUGCUUUAACCGGUUUUCAAGGCUGAAGCCGCACCAGAAGGCUAGUGUGAAUGUGUUGUUGCAAGAAAAAUUGGUGACUUUCUUGACAGCUCAAGAAGAAUGGAAAAGAUCGGGUGGGAAAGACCAUAUCGUUCUUGCUCACCAUCCUAAUAGCCUAAUGGAUGCACGAUCGAAGCUUUGGCCAGCUAUGUUCAUUCUCUCCGACUUUGGGAGGUAUCCCCCUUCUGUAGCUAAUGUUGAGAAAGACGUGAUUGCACCUUACAAGCAUGUCAUCGGGAACUAUGUAAAUGACUCAUCUGAUUUUGAUAGCCGUCCAACUUUGCUAUACUUCCAGGGAGCUAUUUAUAGAAAAGAUGGUGGAUUUGUUCGGCAAGAAUUGUUCUAUAAGCUAAAAGAUGAGAAAGAUGUACACUUCGAGUUUGGAAGCAUUCAAAAGGAUGGCAUACGCCAAGCAACCCGUGGGAUGCAGUCCUCCAAAUUUUGCCUUAACAUUGCUGGUGACACUCCCUCAUCAAACCGUCUCUUUGAUGCUAUUGCCAGCCAUUGCGUUCCUGUCAUCAUCAGCGACGAGAUAGAGCUUCCAUAUGAAGACGUACUCGACUACUCAGAGUUCUGCGUUUUUGUCAGAACAUCAGACGCUCUCAAAGAAAGUUUUCUCAUAAACUUCAUUAGGAGUAUUGGAAAACAAGAGUGGACUAGGAUGUGGGCUAAGCUCAAAGAGAUUGAACAUAUGUUUGAGUAUCGUUAUCCCUCGAAGGAGAACGAUGCUGUCCAAAUGGUCUGGCAGGCCAUUGCAAGGAAGGUUCCUUCUGUUAAGCUGAAGGAGCAUAGAAACCGGAGAUAUUCCCGAACCCCUGAGCCUAAUGACAGAGGACUUAAAUCGGCUCCUCUGCCCAAAAAUUUUGGGUGAACUUAAUAGGUUUUACGUUUAUAAAGCUUUGGGUUUUGGUAGCAUAUGAUUUCUGUAAAGGGAAAUGCAACUGCAUAUGAUCCACUCAGAUUUUGUGACUCAUCCCAUGCUUGCAACAUAGAUAGAGAGAAGCUAAUAGCAAACAAAUUUAAUUGCUAGGCGGCUUGCUGUCGAAUUGUUUAGAGAUAAUUGAUCAUCAAUUAUUCAAUUCAUUCAUAAUCAUCUA